AUGCUAUCGACGAUGAUAGUGGCGGCAUCUUGCGGCCGCUUGGAACCACAGUACCUACCGCCGCGACCAGGUGGAGGUUUUGGUGCCGGUGCUGGCAGUGGAGCUGGUGGAUCGGGCAGUGGAAUAUUCGGUGGAUCGGGCGGGGCAGGCAUCUCUGGUGGAUCUUUUGGCGGGUCUGGUGGGUCUUUUGGCGGAUCAUACAGCGGUAUUGGAUCGUAUAGUGGAAACGGUGGUGCAAAUAUCCCUAUCCUUAAAUACGAGAAUCAGAACAAUGGGGACGGAUCUUACCGCUUCAGCUAUGAAACUGGUAAUGGCAUAUCUGCCCAAGAGAGUGGUGCACCCCGGGCUCAGGGCCCCGAAGGUCCUGCUGUUACAGCUGAAGGUGGAUUUUCAUACCGCGCUCCUGACGGUCAACAGAUCUCCCUAUCAUACACCGCUGACGAAAAUGGUUUUCACCCCGUCGGGUCCCACCUCCCAACUCCACCUCCAAUCCCUGAAGAAAUCCUGCGCUCCAUUGAAUUCAACAGGCGUAACCCAUCUUCUGAAGGUGCGUACAACCCAGGCGCAGGUUCUGGAGGCAACGGCGGCUCCGGCGGCUACCACUACUAA